AUGUCAUCCUCAUCCGAUCUCAUAUGGCCACAGACCGCCAUGGACGCUGUACAGGAGCUUCACGCCAAGAUUCCGCUAGAAUUGCGCUUAUCGCAAGACUUCCUUGACAAAUAUCCUCGAGGGUCGGAUGUGCGCGGCGCCGUUGCUGCUUCUGGUCUGCUUACGGCGGCUGAGAUGGAGAUAACCAACCCAGAAUACGACUCUGUUGCGAUUUUGGACCGAAUCAAAAACAGGGAACUUACUGCCGUCCAAGUGACUCACGCAUUUUGCAAACGCGUAGCGAUUGCACAACAGCUACUGCACUGUCUUACAGAUUUCUUCAUGGAGGCAGCGCUGGUCCGGGCACAGGAGCUAGACGAUUAUUACCACAAGACUGGGGAAGUGGUCGGUCCAUUACAUGGUCUUCCUAUCGAUAUGAAGGACCACAUGAUGGUAAAAGGAACCAAAUCUUCAGGCGGUUUUGUCUGCGAUUAUUAUUUGCCUCCGGCCACGCAGCACGGCCUUAUUGCGCAGAUUCUAUACGAUGCCGGUGCAGUCUUCUAUGUGAAGACGAACCUCCCACAGUCUAUUAUGCAUCUUGAAACAUAUUCUUUCUGGGGCGAGACGUUGAACCCAUACAAUACUGCCCUAACGCCGGGCGGGAGUUCAGGCGGGAGUAGCGCCGUUGUAGCAUUUGGAGGCUCGGCAAUGGGCUUGGGCAGCGAUAUUGGUGGGAGUCUGCGCUCACCUGCUAAUGCCUGCGGACUCUGGACUCUAAAGCCAACGACUCUGCGAAUCCCAAAAGGCACGGGAAACGCGCCGAUGCCUGGUGCCGACUCAAUUGUUGGGACAUAUGGUCCCUUAUGUCGAAGUCUUCGUGACAUGCACUUGUUUUUCUCGGUCAUUCUCGAGACCAAGCCGUGGUUGAAGUCGCCAGAUCUUAUUCCGAUCCCUUGGGUGAUCCCAACUGCCCCUUCUUGGUCCGGAACGAAUGGCCGUUUGCGCGUCGGCGUAAUGUGGCAUGACGAAGUCGUCUUGCCUCAACCGCCGAUCCAAAGAGCGCUUAAGAUGCUUGUCGGCGCGUUGGAAAAACAGGAUGGCAUUGAGGUCGUUGAUUAUAAACCAUUCAAGCAUCUUGAAGCAAGCGAAUUGGCGCAUGAGCUUUAUUUCGUUGAUGGUGGAGCACGAAUCCGGUCUAAAGCAGCAGAGACAGGCGAACCUCUACUUCCUCUUACUGACUGGAUAAUCACACGUUCACUGGUGAAGGACCACACCGUACACGAGCUCUGGGAACUUUUUGUCAACCGCGACAACUUGCGGGCAGAAUAUGUCCAGCACUUUAGCGCGCAAAACGUCGACGUUGUUCUUUGCCCGGCCGGCGCCGGACCCGCGCCGGAGCUCGGAACUUGCAAAUAUUGGGCCUACACCAAUGUCUGGAACUUCGUCGACUACCCAGCGGCAGUCUUUCCCACCGGAUUGUUUUGUGACCCAACGUUGGACAAGAAGGAUGGUCCUCGAGAAUAUAUGAGCGACGCAGAUGAGUAUAAUGCUGAAUGCUACACACCAGAGACAUUCAAAGGCGCCCCGUUGUGUCUUCAGCUGGUGGGAAUGCGGUAUAAAGAAGAGCUGUUAAUGUGUGCGUUGGAGGAGAUUUCAAAAGCCUUGCCAUUGGAUGAUAUCGCACAGCGUAUUUAG